AUGCCCGACCCGGACUCGGCUGCUCCAGGCCCAACAAGCCAGGAUGCUGCUACAAGCCAGGAUGCCACAAGCCAGGAUGCUGCUGCCUCGCCGGCCGCGAGCCAGGACGACCCGAUCCCGCUACAAGCGCCCGGCAUGUCCAAAAACGCCCUCAAGCGCCUCCGCCGGGCUCAGGAGUGGGAAGACGGCAGGGAAGACCGCAAGCGGAUCCGGCGCGAGAAGCGCAUCGACCGCCGGGCCCGCAAGCGCGAGCAGCGCUCCCUCCUGCUGGCCGGGGGCGCGGAUCCCGCCGUCGUCUUCGCCAAGAGGAGCCCCGCGCGCCUGGUCCCCGUGGCGUUUGUCCUGGACUGCGGCUUCGAGCGCUACAUGACGGACAAGGAGGGCGUCUCGCUGGCCAGCCAGGUCACGCGGUGCUACUCGGACAACCGCAACUGCAAGUACAGGGCGCAUCUGUGGAUCAGCGGCUGGGGCGGCAAGCUGAGGCAGCGGUUCGAGACGGCGCUCGAGGGCCAGCACCGCAACUGGAGGGGGGUCGGGUUCGAGCCCGGCGACUUCCUGGCCGCUGCGCUGCAGGCCCGGGCGGCCAUGGCGGGCGACCGUGGGGGCGGCGAGAUGAUUGACGCCCUCGAGGCGGCGGCGGGUCGCGACGCCUGGGUCAAGGGCGAGGACGAGCUGGAGCCGUUCCCCCUGCCGGGCCCGCAGCCUGCGCUGAACGAGGACUUCAAGGACGUCGUGUACCUCACGUCCGAGUCGCCCUACACGCUGCAGAGGCUGGAGGCCAACACGACCUACGUCAUCGGCGGCCUGGUGGACAAGAACCGCGAGAAGGGGCUGUGCUACCGACGGGCUGUUGACAAGGGCAUCCGCACGGCCAGGCUGCCCAUCGGCCAGUACAUGGUUAUGCGCAGCCGGCAGAUCCUGGCGACCAACCACGUCGUCGAGAUCAUGGUCAAGUGGCUCGAGUGCGAGGACUGGGGCGAGGCGUUUCUGCACGUCAUUCCGAAACGAAAAGGGGGCCAGUUGAUUGGCGACGGCGAUGGCGAUGGCGAUGGCGAUGGCGACGGCGACGGCGACGGCGGUCAAGAUGCCGUCCCUGGAGACGGUGCCGAGGAGCAACAGGACCGAGGGCAAGCUGGCGAGGGAAACAAACAAGACGCGGAUCGACGGGCUGAAGAAGAAAAGGCAGACGUGCAAGGAAAAGAAACAGCAUAA